UUUUCAGAUAACCCGUGGUCCCCGUGGUUGUCUGUGGAAUUGAGUUUGUGUCAUGAGCAGUGUAAAUUUUCGUGUCAUGAUGUGGGAAGUUUGAUGUCAGUAAUAGGUUGUUUAUUUUAAAUAUCGUGAAAUAAUAAUAUAUUUUCAAUUAAGUGAAUGUUUGUAGUGGUGGUAUUUGCUGGGUAGUAUAUAUAAUGAAAAACAUGGUGCUUUUGUGAGCCUUUGUUGUGAUGCUUAUGUCUAAUAGAUUAAGAAUGUCAUCAGAAAAGUUACGCCAGCAGUUUGAAGGGCAGCUGUGCAAGUACACAAAUGUUAUGAAAGGUUGGCAGUUUCGGUGGUUUAUACUGGAUCCUGAAACAGGUGUACUUGACUAUUAUUUGAACGAGUCAGAACGGAAACAGCGUCCUCGUGGUUCAGUGCAUCUAGCAGCAGCUGUUAUUUCUCCUAGUGAUGAAGAUUCUAAUACAUUUACAGUGAACUCUGCUACUGGUGAUAUGUUUAAGUUACGAGCUGCUGAUGCCCGCGCACGUCAUGAGUGGGUCAGCCGUAUUCGAUCCGUUGCAGAAAUGCAUACAAUGGCAAUUGCACAAAGUAAUCCUCCUCUUCCACCUCGCGAGCACCAUGUGUCCCCCCACACUGCGGCUUCUGUGGCUGUUCCUGGCCCACAGCAAGGAACCCGAGUCCAUUGUACUCUUGCGGUGCUGGAUGCAUUUAGUGCUGCAAGAGACCAUAUUCAUAGGGCAGAUCAAAGCAGUUACUCACUUAGUAGAGCUAUUGAAGACUUACCGGGAUCAGGUCCAUGUAUCCGGAAUAUUGAUGAAGCUAUGUUACUCCUAAAGGCUACUGCUCAGGCAACAAUAUACUGCCUGACUCAGUGCCUCUCUAUCUUGCAACAACAACAGAUAGCACCACUGCAUACAUUUAUGCCUGUGCCUUCGGGUUUCCACUCCAUCCCUUCAGUAUCGUCUUCUGGAGGUGGAAUUUUGUCCAGAAAGAUUUCUUCCAUGCAUCCUGUACAGUAUGAUGACUGUGACUCCAAGAAAAGUUUACAGCACGAGUUCUCAACUGUGUGGCCUGAGUCCAUGCCUGUAACAUCACCAUUAUCACUUCUUACUGGUAAUGAAGAUCCAGGUAGGGCCAGCUCAAGAGAAGAUGUGACAGAUGAAGAAGACCAUGUAGAAUCUUCUCUGGUCCCUGUUGAGGAACACAAAUCAGUUAUUCUCCACUUGUUGUCACAACUCAAACUGGGGAUGGACCUCACACGGGUUGUGCUACCAACAUUCUUCUUGGAGAAGAGAUCUUUGCUUGAAAUGUUUGCAGAUUGCAUGGGUCAUCCACAGUUAUUUGUCUGCAUACCUGAUGAAGUGACACCUUUUGGACGUAUGAUGGCACUUCUUGAAUGGUAUCUUACGUCAUUCCACAUGGGGAAGCCAGACUCCACUGCCAAGAAGCCAUAUAAUCCCAUAAUUGGAGAAACAUUUCAUUGCUCCUGGAGGGUACAGAAUACAAAUUCCAGUUCAAAGGAACACACGGGCUUAAAACCGAAGUGUGUGUAUGAGACUGUAAAUUUGAGUCCACAGUCAAGAUCAAAAUCUGCAACUGAAAAUAUUGCUACAGAUAAUGGCCACACAUCUGGGCAAUGUUCAAAGUUAGCAAAUGAGUCAGAAACACAAAUAUGUCCACUUGAUGCCACAACACAGGAAAAAGUUGGUGAAACAGUAGAUGCGAGCUCAGUGUCAGUGGAGGAAGUGAAAGAUGUAAUCAAGAAGUACAGUGUGAUCACAGACACAUCAGUUGAAAGUAUUGAAAUCAGCUACAUAGCUGAGCAGGUCUCUCACCAUCCUCCAGUAACAGCAUUUUAUGUGGAGUGUCCUGUCAAGAGAAUGUGUUUAAAUUCGUCCAUCUGGACCAAGUCCAAUUUCUCUGGUAUGUCUGUUGGGGUGAAUAUGAUUGGAGAAUUAAGCCUUUACUUGGAGAAUCACGGUGAACGGUAUGACUUUACCUUGCCAUCAGCAUAUGCACGCUCAGUCAUAUCAGUGCCCUGGAUUGAACUUGGGGGAAAAGCUACCAUCAGUUGUCCUAUGACAGGCUAUUCAGCAGCCAUCAUCUUCCAUACCAAGCCAUUCUAUGGAGGCAAAGUUCAUCAAGUCACAGCUGAAGUAAAGAACCAGGCCGGUGCAAUUGAAUGUAGAGUUCAAGGAGAGUGGAAUAGUCAUUAUGAAUUCACAUACUGUAAUGGAGAAAGCAAAAUAAUCAGAGUCCUUGAACUUCCUAUUUACAAGAAGAGGGUACGAAAAAUAUCUGAGCAAGGAGAAAGAGAAUCACGGAAACUAUGGUAUAACGUGACACAGGCACUGAAGAUAGAUGACAUUGACUCGGCUACUGAAUAUAAGCAAAGGUUGGAAGAACAGCAAAGGCUUGAACAGAGGAUAAGAAAAGAAUCAGGCAUGCAGUAUCCAACAGCCUAUUUUAAAAAAAGAGGUGAUAGUUGGGUUUUCAACAACUUAUUGUGUGAAGUAUAAAUCAUGUGACAGAAGUGAAGCAUAAAGAUUAAUGUCAGUAACUGGAUAUCUUGUGAUCAUGUUAGAUCUCAUGUACUUUGGUAACUAUUGAAGCUUUUAGUGCAUUAUGAACUUAAUCAAGCAAGAAUGCAGUCUGUAAAGUGAUGACCAAGAUGGCCAACAAAUUCUCAGGGGUAUACUAUUGUGUUAGCUUUAAUACUUGUAUAUGAAGAGAUAUAAGAUAGUGAUCAGACACUUUCUUUGUUCUUUUCACAUUAAUAUAUUUUGAUGCUUCAGUAAGAUCAUAUUGUAUUAACAUGCAAUUAUUGUCUUUACUGGCACUCAUACAGAUUCCAUGUAAGCUUUUAUUUUUCCCUGUGAGAAAGUGAUGAAUUGUAUGCACACACACAUGCUUAUGCAUGUGUGUUUGCAUCUAUACACUCUUGUGUGUUUGUAUGUGUAUGUGAAAUGUGUUAUAUAUGAAGUGUAUGAAAUGAUGUUAUCAUUCCAUUGCAUGUAUUCGUGAAGGUGCUUAUAUCAUUAUUCAUUAAUAUUGAUUACAGCAAUAGAACCGUUUUCAGUGUGUUCUGAUCAUUUGAAUUUACAAGGUUGGACAACUUAAUUCCUUGGCAGAGUCCAUUAUGUGCAUUUAAAAGUGCAUUAUGAACAUGUUUCAACUUUUCCUUCAUAUUCCCUAUGCAACGUCAGUCAUUUCUCUCUUAUCAUUCAUGCUCAGUCAUUUUUAAUAUUUUGUACCCUGCAGAUCACUGUGACAGUUUAUUGUGAUUAAACAAAGAGCAAGCAUUAAGUUCUGUUUCAAGACAGAUGACAUAACUACUGAAAAUUUCCAGCUGACAAAAGAGGCUUAUGGUGACAAUGCUGUCUCUUGUACAUGGGUUUGUGUAUGCUAUUCAAGAUUUUGAGAUGGUUGUGAAAAUCUCAAAGAUGACAAAUGUAGUGGACUACCGACAGCCAUUCAAAAACUUGACAUGAUCAAAAUAGUUCAGGAAUUGAUUUCAACAGAUCAUCAAAUGACACGUGAAAAUCUCAAAGAUGACAAAUGUAGUGGACAACCAACAGCCAUUCAAAAACUUGACAUGAUCAAAAUAGUUCAGGAAUUGAUUUCAACAGAUCAUCAAAUGACACUUUCGAUGAUGGAAGAGAUACUCGAAAUUUGCAGGGAAACCAUUCACAGAAUCUUAGUGAAAGGUCUUGGAAAAAGAAAAAUCUGCACUAGGUUUAUUCCCCACUGUUUGGCUGAUGAAGAGAAGGCUCUCAGACUACAAGAUGCUUCUUUGAAUGAUGAUAAUCCCUUGCUUGACUCCGUUGUAAAGGGUGUUUUCAGUAUGAUCCCCAAACAGAAAGAGUGCACGGAAAGGCACUUGCCAUGGUCUCUUAAGACACAAAAGAAUUUUGAUUUAAAAAGUAAAAAAAAAAAAACAAUGUGGUUUUGAUUAUAUAUGUAGAAUGUAACGCCGUGGCGGCAGGGGGGCGUGGAGGAUUCCCUCGCCGCCGCCACGUGUAACGUCCCUGCGACGGGUGGAUUGGUUGUCCACCGCGGUCGCCACUUGUAACACCGUGGUGCAGGGGGGGGCGUGCAGGUACCCCUCCUUGCUACCACAGCUUACGCUGUAAGGAGUCAACACCAUAAUCCUAGCUUACCCUCAGCUAGGAUUCUCCAGUUUCGGGGCUCCCUUCUCUGUUCACCAUUUGUCCUCUCUAUUGUGGGAACUACCCCCUAACAUAUAGUCAUAGCUCCCUCGUGACAACUCCUCAUAUAGUCUACAGGUAGCCACGUGUUACAUUAUUAAUACAUCCUAAGGGGCGUUGGUAUCAAGGCUACUAACUGCUGCCUGUGUGGCAGGUGCCUACCCUUGUCCAUUCCUAGUACCCCCCCUUAAGCAUUCAGCUGCUGUUGCAACUCUCAUUUUGGGUAGGAUCUGCUGGAUGGGUCAUGGCAAGGUGAUUAUGGAGUGUGAGUCACAAUUCCCUGCGUACAUCCUAUCCUAUCUACUCUAUCUAUUUACACUCUUAUAUUUACAUGAUUUACAAUAUUUACAUUAUUAACAAGGCCGACUUUCAGUCGGAGCUACAUAGACUUCACUUCACGCUACACUAGGAACCUUCCCUUCGGGGGUGUAAAACUGGAGUCUCUCUCUCUCUCUUCGACUCCUGACUAUAGGCAAGUAUUAGUCGUUCCAUGUGAUCCUGUUUCCCUACUAUUCAUUAAAUACGAUUCCAUUAUCCCUUGUCAAGUUUCACUCUUAACAUGAUCUACCCUUAGUUAUACAUAUUGAAACCCACAUACUAUAUUUAUCACUACACGCUAACCAUAACUUUGACCCAUACACUAUACAACCCUUAUUGCCUGACUAACAUCCUAGGCAAUUACAUGUUACAUGAUUCUAGUAUCCUCCCCUAAGGGCUCGCCGGGCACACUGGAGUUUGCACAUUGAAAUCUCACAACACUUUUUAUCAACAAUACUAUUAAACAACAUGGCUGAUAUGCGUAAACGAAACUUACUUGACAUAGAAGAAUGCAGGCCCUUCCAGCACUUGUCAGACCCAUAUUGAAUAGCGCCUCCGGCUGACAACUGAAUAUUGUCUAUUAGAUCAGAUCCCAAGUCUCUUAAAUUUAGUAAUUUAUAGUUGCAAUUUGCCAAUUCAGCUGUUGAUGACAGAGGGUAGUUAACUCCUCCCUUUUUGUUCUCAAUUCCCAAAGUUAUAUUCUAAUUGGUUAUUCCCUGGGGAUGUGGGCGGGCCCACGGCGUCUCAUCACUGUUUAUGCGGUAAUAUUACGAUACUCCUGUGGCCCCAUUAGCGAAGCGUCUUACUUACGCUAUUACGCAUGAAUGCUGAUCAUCACAUUCGUAACCUAGUUGCCUGUCCAGGUGUUGACAUAUUACUGUAAUAGCUGUAAAACACUUUUCGCAAGUCUCGAACAUUUAGGUAAUGCCUUACAAUCUCAAAUUUGAGCCACUACAUAGAAUCAGGGAAUCAUUCACAAAUAAUUUGUUCCACAUUGAAUAAAGAAUAGUAUGUGGAAGUACUGUCUCAUUUGAUUUAAAGAAUUAGUCAAAUAAGAGCUCAGUUUCUAGAAAGAGGAAGCUGGUUCCUCUUGCAUGACAAUGCAAGACCUCACACUGCAGUAUCAAUAAAGCAGUUUGUAACAAAACGAGCUAUUCCAGAAUUAAGUCACCCUACCUCCCUCAUAUUCUCCUGAUUUAUCCCUACCAGACUUUCUUAUUCCCCAAGAUCAAAAUCCAUGCUGGAAGGCAGUAGGUUUGAAGACAAAUUGUAACAAAGGAAUUGUUGACAUUACAUGUAGAUGAGUUCAAAAAGUGUUUUCAGCCAUUUUAUGAGGAAGAAAAAAGUUGUGUGACAUCUGAAGAUUAUUUUGAGGAAUAUUAAAAUAUAUUUUCAAUUUUAAAUGUGUUUUCUUUUAAUUUAUGCAGUCCUGGAAAUUAAUUGUCUAAUCUUGUAUGUAAUUAAAAUUAUUUGUUUAAAUACUAAAAGUUAUACCAUUUUCUUUUUUGAAAACAUAAUUUAUAGUAACAAAUCUGAUGGAUUUGGUAUUGGUGUCUUUUUUUUUUAAAUUCUUUUCUUUCCCAUUUCCCAAUAUAACCAGGCUUUGGUGUAAUAUAAUUAUGUUUUAAAUUAUUUAAACCAGUGGUGGUAUAAGAGUUCUGCAUAUUGGUUAAAUAGUAGGUACAUUCACAACUUCUGGAUUAAUUUUAGUUCUGUAUAACUCAUCAUUUAAUAGUCCUGUUACAAGAAUAAUAUUGUAUUCACAGACUAUAAAACAACCCCCUUUCCUAGUGGAAAGUUUUAAGGAAAGACGAUUUCAUUGAGUAUGCAGAUAGAAUUUUUGACCUGAGUAACUGUGCUACCAGCCGGAACGUUGCAGAUCAAUUCCUGAUGAUGAUGGUUUUUUCAUUUGAUCUAAUCCUUCCAGCUACAUUAUGGCCCUGGGGUCAACUCAGUCCCUAACAGAAAUAAGUAUGAGGAAUCUUCCUGGGAGUAAAAGGCAGCUGGGGUGUAAGGCUGACAACCUCACAACCAUCUUUCAACCAGUUACCUAAGAAGUGUGGGAGCCUUCCUUAUGGGGCUCCACUGCCUGUAACAGGGAUAGCUUUACUGAUUAAUUCUCUUAAAAUUUACAUCCUUACUAACGCUUCAAAAUGAACAUGUUUUCAAAAUAAUCAUGACCAUUUUUUUUAUUGAACUUGACCCUAUUUACAAUGAAUAAUCUCCCUUCAAAAGAUUGUCAUUCCAAGGAAAUUAUAUGCACCUGAAUAUAUAGUUCUAUGCAAAUUUAAGUUUUAUGAAUUGAAAUGAAGUUAAAAUAUAACAUUUUUACCUGUGGAAUGUUGACUAAAAUGGAUUAAAAUUCUUUAAAUUCUGCAAUUAUUUUUCCUCUACCACAUUAUCAAGUAUUGAUAUUAAUUUAAGUAAAUAAUAUAAGUGGGACAUUGUAAGAAUUUUCAUGUAUUUUACAUAGAUAUAAAUGUUGCAGUGUUUAACUCUUCACAACUGACUACACCUUCGGUGAAGCAACCAAGUUCUAUAAUCAUUUGGGAAGGUUCAACAGGCUGCAGCUGUAUUUACAGAUGGUAGAGUCAAAAAGUUCAUUAACUUUUUCAACUGAAUGACUCGGUAUUUAGCAGGAGUCUUUCUUGUCUGGACACUCAUGGAUAUGUGUGGAAGGCAUGGAUAAGCAUUGUGUGUGGCAUGCACAAUCAGCCUGUGAAUAAAAAGUGUUAAGUACACCAAAAUUUGAUUUGUUUGCUCAUUUAGUGAGAUGGCAAAUGGCAGAAUAUGUUAUUUCUGUAGUCUGACUGAACUCAGCUUUCUCUUUACACAAUAAAGAAGAAUGUGUGUCAGAUAUUUUUAUAGCAGCAUGUAACAGUGAUGCAGAAUGGAGUGCAUAUGUGUAGUAGCACUCAGGAGUUUUAAGUUUUGUUUAUGACUUGGCAAGACGUUCUGACAAACCUGUGGCAUGAUUAGGAAAACCUCUGGGGACAAUGUCGUGUUUUGAAAUUACAGUAUACGGAUAAAUGAGGCAUUUCAAAGAAGACUGACAGUCACUGGAAAAUGAACUAAAAACAGGAAGUCUAAUGGUUCUUCACAAUGAAGAAAGUGUUGUUCACAAGUACAUUCUGAAAAGCAUAAUGUUAGCAGGACCAUGUAAAGAGGCAUUCCUUGCUGUCUGCAACAACCUGUCUGUGGUAAAUACCCUUGUCUUUGGGAGUCUAGAAAUUGGGUGCACAAUUAUGAUAAUGCACCAGCUCAUCAGUCUUUUGGUGGAGCAGUAUCUGUCCAGGAAUAGUAUCAGUGUCGUUUUACAGACUCCCUUCACUACAGAAGUAGUCCUCGCUGAUUACUACUUUUUCUGAAGAGUGAAAUUCUUCUUGAAGGCACUAUUCAGUUCCAGUUUACAAAAGAAAUGAAAAAAGUCUUCUAUAAUAGCACUUUUGCAGAAUGCAGGAAAAGGCCUACAUUAAUGUAUGGCCUGCUGGAUGAUAUGUAUGGUGGCAGAAGGAAUGUACUUUCAAGACUAUGCAUGAUGAAACCCAUUAUGGUGAUGGAUGAACUCACACAAGAACCUUUUGAUUCUGUCAUAUACUGUAGUUGUAUUAUAUAUUCUUCUCUGGCUUCAGAACAGGAAAAAUAUGGAGAUGAAACAGACUCACAUAACAUGUUGCAAAAAGCUAUUAGGAAUAUUGUGUAGGCUUCAUGGAAUAUUUUAUAUGAUAAAAUCAGUGCACCUUAAUGAGCAGGUACACAGUUACUGUGAUUAAUCAUAAGUAGACACUUAUUUGAAUGCAAAGAGAAAUCUAGCAUGGAAGCAUUAUUUCCACUCUGUGCAGAGGAUGAACAAGGUAUACUUUGAAGUACAUUCAUAAUUACAGUUUUAAAUGUUAAUCUAACUAGAAAUGUAUAACACAUUCUUGCCUUUAGUGUGUCAUAAUGUAAGUAGUGCAGCUUUUUUUUUAAUUGCUAGUGGGGAGGGAGUAAGUCCCUUGUACUGUGGCCACUUCUGGCCUAUUGUACCAGC